GUCGAGUCCACAAACACGCCCCCACUAAAGCAUUACUAGUCCGAACGUCACAUCUUUUUCUCUCCUCUCUUUCGAACAACCCUCUUGUCGUCAGUUCGUCACACAAACCCAAAUUCCUCUUUCUUACUUCAUUUUUUUCUGACCUUUUCUCUCUCUCAUCUUCAACCUCGAUUCCCCAAAUUUCAAAUUCUAGGGUUUCUUUUCGUUUCUUCUCCUUCGAUGUCGCAGAACAACGCAACAAUGGACGCGCCGGAUUUCCACCUACCUGACGAAGUAUUAUCCGUCAUCCCAACUGACCCUUACGACCAGCUCGAUUUAGCUCGUAAGAUUACUUCAAUGGCGAUUGCUUCUCGUGUCUCCAAUCUCGAAUCUGAAACCACUCGUCUUAAGCAGAGAGUUUAUGAUCAAGACCGCCUUAUUUUUGAACUUCAAGAGAAAUCUUCUCACCUUCAACAAGGGUUUAAUGAAGCUGAUUGUCGCCUAAAACUUGUCCUUGAUGAAAAUUUGAAAUUAGCGCAGGAGAGGGAUUCAUUGUCAGCGACUGUAAAGAAAUUGAGUCGUGAUUUAGGAAAGCUAGAGACAUUCAAGAGACAACUAAUGCAAUCACUCAGUGAUGACACUUCUUCCCAGACUGAAACUGUGGAUAUUGGGACAUGUGAUCAAUCAGUUCCUAGAGUUUAUCCAGACAAAGAUGCUGGUGCUAAUGGCUACACCAGACACCAUUCUAAUAAUGGGUCUACGGAAGCAAGAUACUCAAGCGAUGAAGUAAUGAAACAAACAGGUCAAAAAUAUUCAAUGAAUCCUUAUCAGAUUACCCCUCGUCUGACUCCUACCGGAACUCCUAAAGUUAUUUCGACUAGUGGUUCCCCCAGAUCUUACUCUGCUGUCGGAUCUCCCCAGAAGAAUUCUGGGGCAACAACUCCAACCAAAUUGCAUUAUGAUGGGCGGACUUCAUUGUCCUCAUGGUAUCCUUCAAGUCAGCAGUCAUCAGCAGCAAACUCACCGCCUCGUGUCCGGGCUUUACCAAGUCGGACCCCUCGAGUUGAUGGUAAGGAGUUUUUCCGCCAGGCUAGGAGCCUAUUGUCAUAUGAGCAAUUUAGUGCUUUUCUGGCGAACAUCAAGCAACUAAAUGAUCACAAGCAAUCGCGAGAGGAAACCUUGAGGAAGGCAGAAGAAAUACUUGGCAAAGAUAACAAAGAUCUUUACAUCUCAUUCCAAGGACUGCUCAACCGCAAUGUGCAUUAGUGCUUGCAAGCUUGCACUAAGACCCCUUCUGGUCUGUUCAAAUUUGUUCCAGCUCCUUUCUAAAAGACUUUUCUGCUUUAUCAUGCGGUGUACAAUUGAGGAGCUAAUGUAGCGAUGUUGACUCUUACCAACAUCAUUGUACUAUUUCAUGCAGGUUAUGCAGUGUAAGUAAGUUGUUUGCCUGCGAAUUAUGGAUUAGCUAUAAUUGUAAGGAACUUUUUGUCUGAAGGAAUUCUUUAUUCCUAUGAAGUCCAUUUAUUACUUUCAGAAAUUUGUUCCUAAUUUAAUGAUAUGUUACAGAAAUGAAAAUUGUACAUAUCGUUAACAUGAUGAAUUUCUGUCUCAGACCUUCGCAUAUUUUGCCUUGUUUUAUUUAUUUUACCUUUCAUAA